UAGAACCGCAAAUGUCAGUUUGACAGAGUGGCGAAUUUUAUUUACAAACAAAACAUCCCGUCUGCUAUAAUGGCUACUAAAGAGCAGUUAGAAUUAUCCAGCCUAAUAAAAUCGGUUCAUCAAAGGCUGCGCGAUUCGGCCAAAACCUCUGACCCGGAAGCGGUGUGGAAGGAGCACGUCCGUGAUGAAGAGCUGUUGAAAAACUACGCGGAUGCAAUGCAUAAGUUGGCCACGUGCUACUGGGACCGUACAAUGGAAGUGAGUUGCAAACGGUCCAACAGCAGAAUCGAGUGGGUUGUAGCUUCCUGUCGGAGCUACUUCCAUGGCGCUACCCCUCUGUUGUAUCUGUUCCGUGACAAGGACGAUAAAGUUAUGCAAGCAAUCGAUGCACAUCACGGACACGAUUAUCGACCGUAUCCGGUGGAGCGGAUAAAGCUGCUAGACGUAGGUAGUUGUUACGAUCCGUUUGCGGCCUUUCCAGAUUUCGAUGUCACAGCGAUUGAUAUUGCACCGGCACAAUCAUCAGUUUGGUACUGCGACUUUCUGGAAGUCGAAAUACAAUCCAUUACUGAACCACUGGUAUCCGACGAACCACAUUCAAUAGAGAUAUUCCCUUGCGAACAUUACGAUGCUAUUGUGUUUAGUUUGCUGCUAGAGUACUUGCCAACGCCUGACCAACGGAUGCGCUGCUGCAAGAAGGCAUACGAUUUACUGAAGCCGGAGGGAAUACUUCUUAUCAUCACCCCUGAUAGCCGACACCAAGGAGCGAAUGCAAAGUUGAUGAAAAACUGGCGAUACACACUCGGGUUGAUCGGUUUCACUAGGAUUAAAAUCGAAAAAUUAGAACACGUUACGUGUAUGGUAUUUCGGAAGUCGAUCUUUGCAGAGGUAGGCAAACGGUGGUGUGAAAUUCACCACGAAGCAUACAUGCAGCCCAUUUUAAAUAUUCCACAAGACUUUAAUGAAACUAAGUGUGACGAUAACGAGGAUACCGAAAUGAUCGGUGUUGUUAGAACAGAAGAAGACGAUGCGGACAUAAGAGAGGCUUUUAGUGGGCUACCGUUCGUAAAUAGUUGAGAAGUUCAAUAAAUUUUUCAUUUUUUUCUA